UGUUAUUUUUUUUCAGCCCUUUGUCCUCCCCAGUGAUAAAGUGUCAGAACACAAAUGCAUUUGGCUGAUUUAGUGUUUGACACUGGAUGAGCUAAGUCCCGGGAGAAAAGAUAUUUCUUCGCAUUUUGGAAACAAUGAUAUCUUGAGGGUGUUUGUAGUCAGAGGGUCAGACUUUUGCCACGGUCCCGAUGCUGGCUCUGUCCAGGUGUCCGACAGCUUUGAGGUGGAGACUAUCCCUGCGUUGCUCUGCCCUCUCUUUGGGGAGCACUACCAUGAGCAGCCAGCCCUCCACCGCAGCCAAGCCCCAGUUUCUAAGAACCCAGACUGCUCUGUUUCACCAAAGUAAAGCCAAAGCCAGCCCUGACCCAAACAAGCCCGCUUCAGUGUUGUCCUCUGGGUCCGAGCUUGAGGGGAUGGGGAUGUGGUCGUUGGGUCUGGGCGCUGUCGGAGCUGCGCUAGCCGGGAUCUUCCUGGCCAACACUGAUCUGUGUCUGCCUAAAGUUGCCCAGGCAUCGCUCGAGCACCUUGAAGAUGCCGACCUGCGCUCCACCAUAGACGAUGGCAAGGUCAUCAAAGCAAAGAGCCUGUGGGACACGAACGGGGCUGUGGUCAUGGCCGUACGACGACCCGGAUGAUUUUUGUGCAGAGAGGAGGCCUCUGAGCUGUCCUCUCUGAAGCCCCAGCUGGACGAGCUCGGGGUCCCUCUGGUUGCUGUGGUGAAGGAGAACGUCGGCUCAGAGAUCCAGGACUUCAGACCGCACUUUGCUGGGGAGAUCUACAUAGAUGAACAGAAACACUUCUACGGCCCACUGCAGAGGAAGAUGGGGGGUCUGGGGUUCAUUCGCCUCGGAGUGUGGCAGAACUUCAUGCGGGCCUGGAGGUCCGGUUACCAGGGCAACAUGAACGGCGAGGGCUUCAUCCUUGGCGGAGUGUUCGUCAUCGGAGCGGGAGACCAGGGGAUUCUCCUGGAACACCGUGAGAAGGAGUUUGGCAAUAAGGUGGAGAUCGCAGAUGUUUUAGAGGCUGUUAAGAAAAUUGUACCAGUGAAAUAAGUUUUUUUUUUUCCAUAAAACAAAUGCCAUUAGACAAAGUUACAGUGUAUUUAGAUCAAAACUAGAAUUGAAGAAAUAAUUAGCAUUUUUAACUUGACACAUAUUGAGUUGUAGUCAGAGUCUGUCCGUCACUGUUUGUGUUGUUUAAUAUCACUAUAUUGUCUGUCUUUUGCACAUUAAUUUACUGUUGGUUACAAAAAUUUAGCUGUGAAAUUCAGGACAGAGCCAAUAUUAUUUCAGGAUUUGUCACUGAUUAUUCCUCUUUACCUCUGCAGACACCUCAAAGCUAAUUUAUUUUGAGACGGGUAUUAAAAACAGGUACUAAGGGACUUAAAGGCAGCACUUUCAUUCAGGUACAUCAACCAUUACAUUUAAGAUCAUUUGAAAUCUUCUGUUUAGAGAACCACAUAACGCCAUCUUGGAAUUAUAAGGUUCCAUCUGCAUGCUGAGCAGUUUUGAGAUAUUGAGCUUCAAAGUUUUUGCAUUCCAAAUAGCAAAAAUUAUAUGUAGAAUAAGUCUCUUUCACAAGUGAAAAUGACAGACAACCUAAAUGUAUUCUAAAUGCACAAUAUCACAAAUCCUGUCAAAUUUGUAAAUGGGUUUUUUGGAACAGGUCAAAUGUAGAUAGAACCUUGUAAUCCUAAGAACUCACGUUCUGCUUGGAAUUAAAAGGUUCCAUCUAGAAAACAUGAAAAGAAGCAAUGAUGAGGAACACAAACAGUUUGCUCAUAAUUAACAGUGUCUAAAUGUAUGAGAAAAUUAAUUUAAUGCUUUCUGACAUUUUUAUGACAUUUAUUUCUUCUUUUAGGACAAAUUGUAUUUUUCUUAUUCAAAAAAAGCAUUGCAGGUAACGUAUAAAGGUCAGUGCUAAAUAUUUUGUCCAGUGUAAAGGUCAAUUUUAGGUAGGAAUAUGGUUGGUUAUUAAACACAUUAUUCUAGGAACCAUUAGUUUAAGUUUCCUUUGGGUUAGAAAGCAAGCAGCUACUGUAAUAAAUCUAACCAGGACUUUAUUCCACAGAAAGUGGUAAGGGAAAGUAUAAGGAUUUUCUUGAUAUUCUCUCUACAGAUCAGUAUAGCAGGUAAAUAAAAUGUUGCAUUCAUCUACUAUAGGAAUUGUCCCAGCAAUUAAGUGUAACGGCAGUGUUAGGUUUUGUUUUAUAUCAGAAAUGUUGACUCUGAUGCACCAAAAUGUUUUAUUUUGGGGGGAAAGUAAAGGGAAAAAAAUAGAUGGAUGAAUAAAAUGAGUGUUUAUGUUGUAAUUAAGACCCCAUCAAUUAAAUGUAGACUAUUUAAUGACCUUUAAGGCUUAAUGUUUAUCAAAUUUAAGACAUUUUAAGACUUUUUAAAGAACUGCAAUACAUGUGUUCAUGUUUCACAAAGUUUUAUAAACUUAAUACAUUUUUUUUGAAGGACAGCAGUACAAAUACCAGGCCAGUUCAGUCUUGCUGAGGAGAUUAUUUAGAUUGUUAGCUAACAUGCUAGCCAGCUAACGCUACCUACUAAUGUUAGCAUGAAUGUUAGUCUGGCAGCUAAUGCUAACAUUAAGACGUAAGCACUAAAAGGAUAGAUUCAUGUUAUUUGAAGUCUAUACCCUUUAUUCCAGUCAUGGGCAAAACCCCAAACCUAUCCUUUAGCUAUUAAUGUUAGCAUUAUUUGCCAGACUAACAUUAGGAAGCUAGCGUUAGCUAGCUAGCAUGGUAGCUAACAAUGAAAAUAGUCACUGAGCAGUGCGGCAACAUGACAAAGAAGCAGAACCUGAUUGGUCCUCAUUUUGGACAAAAAUGUCAGAUAGAAGCUUAUAAUUCCAAGGUGAUGCAUAAAUCAAAGGCUGGAUUACACAUUUGAUUAAUUAUUCUAUUAACUCUUUCUGUGUUCUGUGUUAUCUCUGUUUCCUUCUCCUGGCCAGGCACUUAAAUGGGCCUCCAACAUGGCAGACGAGUGUGUGUGUGUGUGUGUGUUAUAAUGACAACUUGACUCUAAACUCAACACUGAGAGGAGCAGGUUUGAUGCUCAAACAGACAUGUUCUGCAACUGACGCCAUGUUGAGGAGUGUUUGUGGUGCCUGUAGCGUGUGUGUGUGUGUGUGUGUGUGUGUGUGUGUGUGUGUGUGUGUGAGAGAGAUUGUGUGUACCUGUACAUGUGAAUAAUAGCUGCAGGAAAUAAAAGCAAUGAAUAAAGAAGACCUCAUCACCAUA